AUGUGGGGGGUAGGUAAAUGGGUUGUAUGUUUGGUUGGUUACGGUUUUCCUUUGGUGAAGCUGAAUGAAGGGAGUGGGGCAUCAGUGGAUCCCUCGGCCCAAACGGUUGACAACCAGCGAUACUGGAGCGCGUUUAAGUCGCUGGGAGGUUGGACACCCUUCGGAACAAUUGACUACAACCUUGAUGGGACUCAAGACCUAUUGCUAUAUCAGGAAUCAUCAGGCACUACCCAAGUAAAGGUUGUGUGUAGACAACCGGACAACCACCCCUGGUCGGUCUGCGGUUCAUUCCGACUACCGUUGGCCCACUCAUUAUUUCUCCGGCCACUUCAGAUCGAUACUAACACCAAAGGCGUCAACGGAAAGGGCGUUGCCCGCCACAACGUUAAUGCGGGCGGCCCUAGUGCUGUUCAGAUCGUAACUAUAUCAAGUAAAACCGAUGCAGGACCGUCUCCCUCAGGCAUCGGGAAAGCCGUCGGUAACGUCGUCGGAAACGUGGUUGGCAAUGACGACAAGUCAAGUUGUGUCUUGCAAUCCUUCGUACUGAAUGAGCGUGACUUGGGAAAAAAGGAUUUUGUCUCUAGCUGGUCAGAAUCAAUUGACUGUGAGACCAAACCGAUAUUCUUGGACAUAGAUUUCGAUGGACUUACGGACAUGCUUGGCUCGUCUGAGGCCAGCCGGGCUGGUUACAUAAAUCUCGGAAAUGGCUCGUUCGAAAAGAGGGGGUGGGAGGACAUGUCGGACUACUUUGAUCUUACAAAUUAUUCGAACCGAGACCGAUUCCCUGUAGACUUAUAUUCCUUUGAAGACGACAAGUCCAACGAGGACUUCCUGUCCAGCAUCGACUCCGCCGUUGGGCACAACUCCUCGGUCUCAGACAGCAAGGGCUUCUUUGGGUGGCUGCGAUCGUUUGUGGAAGAGCCCUCCGCCGAGAACACCGUAAAACACUACCUCAAGGAGCACCUGGAGGACUUUAAGAAACACAUGGUGGGACUCUACUCCCAAACGGGCAACGGGCAGUGGACGCCGCGGCCGCUGCCGCUGCACUACCCUGCUCGCAUUGCGCAUUCGGUCUCUGGGCAUGCCCAAGUCGACAUGGACGGAGACUGCAUGGCGGACUUGGUACUCAUUGUGGACAGUCCAGAUUUUGAGAGCCGGCAGGAACUGGAGAUCUGGCUAACGGAACCGAACGCGAACGGCGCCGGCGCGGUCCGGCGGAUGUGGCGGAGCCAGCGGCUGUUGUUGCCCGACAACCUCUUGAGUGUAUACCUUACGGACUUCAACGGUUCCGGCGGGGCCGACCUAUUGGUGCUGGCGGGGCUGCAACCGCGGUUAUACCUGUUCCGCAUGCUGCACGAAUCGCAGGAGUUGCCCGGCGGUCUUUGCGGGAACAGCUUCCACUUUUCCUUCGGCGGUAUGAACGGACGCGUCCAAAGUGACUUCAUGACCGUUACGCCGAUAGCGGAGGAGUUGGUCACCAAGCACCUGCAGGUGCUGGACGUAGACGGGGACCGCUAUGACGACGUGGUCACGAUUGUGCAAAAACCGGCGGGUCGUCGCAGUGUGCGUGUUUACCGUUCCGUGCCCUGGGGCGGCGGUAGCGACCGCGGGAGUGACCGUGGUGGCGCACAGAACGCUAGCGGCGGCUGGUUCGCGGGUCCGUGGUUCGGCGGCCGCGCAAGUUGGUUCGGUGACUGGUGGCUGCGGCUAUGGUGGGCGGGAAGCUCAGCAGCCCCGUCUUCCGUAAACCGCGCGUUCGAGUCUUACUAUGAGCUGGACCUGCGCGACAACCCCGUGAUCGCCAGCGGCUGGCUCGACUCGGGGCACUUCUUGGUUUGGCAUGGCGCCCCCGGCAACCCGCUCACGGCUUUCGCACAGACCGGUUUCGACGGCGAAAUGGGGUACGCCACCCGCGUCCAAGUCUACGGCGCCCAGUGCCUCGGCCGCAAAGCUGCCCUGCCUCUCAGCGGCGCCGUAGUCGCCCUCGCACCCCCCGGCAUGGACGGCGUCCGUCUCCCCGUGCGCCGCACACUUUCCACCGCCGACUCCGCCUCCCCAUUCCCGCCGGCCGUCCUAACCGCCGGCUUCGGCCAGUCCAGCAACUACAUCGACGUCGCCAACGUCGGUCUGCCCUACACCCACGCACCACUCCACGAGUGCGGUGAAUACCAACGGCUACCCAUCAUUGCCAAUGCUACGCGCCCUGCCCUCGCUGCGUUCGCCCGCACUUGGACCGCCGUUAUGCCCAACUGCCAACUCCUCAUCACCGUGCCAGCCAACCGCUGGAAAACAGACCUCUGGAGACUCAGCCUCAUACUCUCGCCCGGCCGCCAGGCCGCCAAGGUCUUCGUCGGCAUGCUCCUCGCACUCGCACUCGUCGGCCUAUUUAUCGGCACACACACCCAGGACACCAAACGCAGAGCAAAACAGGCUUUUAUAUGA